AUGACCCCAUGGUCACUGGUUUGCCCGGCAUCAAGGGGCAUUGGCUUUGCCUUAGCUCGGAGAAUAUUGCAGACAACGAAUGCUCCGGUUGUCGCAACCGCACGGAAGGAUAUUGAAAAGACAAAGAGGUGGCUGUUGGCUGGCUUAGAAGUCGAUGAAGGCAGAUUGACAAUGAUAAAUGUAGAUGUUCUAGAUGAAAGCACAAUUGCCAAUGCUGCAGCCGCAUGCAAAGAGAAGUUCCCGAUUUCAUCGAAUGCAAAUCACCUACACCUGGCCUUUAUUAUCCCAGGGAUCCUGUUUCCUGAGAAGUCGCCUGCGCAAAUUGACGCCGACAACGCUUUACUUACGUUCCGCACCAACACACUUGGCCCGAUGCUGAUGCUCAAACACUUUGCACCAUUUUUACCCAAGAAGACAGUGGUAAUCUUAACCGACGAGUAUGCGUACCAAAACCUCCCCUCCCAGUCCACCACAGCCGUCAUGUCCGCACGUGUAGGAAGCAUAUCCGAUAAUCGUCUCGGAGGGUGGUACAGCUACCGGGCCUCUAAAGCGGCUGUCAACCAAGUUGUCAAGACUUUUGACAAUCACCUCCGGACGGUAUCGGGCGACAAUGCUUUGGCUAUCGCGAUUCAUCCCGGAACCGUUAGGACGGAAUUGAGCCGGGAGUUUUGGGAAAGUGUUCAGAAGGACAAGUUAUUUGAGAAGGAGUGGGUAGCAGAGAAAUUGCUGGAUGUGGUCAAGAGUAUUGGAGUCGAGGGCAGGGGACGAUGCUGGGACUGGAGUGGGAAGGAAGUGCCGCCUUAGGCUUGAUUGUUGAAAAGGGAGGGAGAGUGUUCCACCAAGUCAGCUGCCGAUUCGUUUCUUAGUCACAUGUCUGCAUCUGUUUAUGUUCGCAUGAUUCCUCAGGGCUAUCUUGGUUUUCACGGGCAUGCAAGGGAUGAACAUAGGCCAAGACAUCAAGGGAUAAUUGACUCACCU